UGACCACUCUCUACUGUCAAUGUCAUACGUUAAACUUGUCAAAAUGGUCUACAGUAUUAUGACACUACGAAUUUAUUUUACUUUGAUAACCUAACCUAUUAGAAAACGGCAGAGUAUAAAUUACAUUAUUUUACAAAUAAGAUGAUGUAAAAGUGUAUUUCUAUUACAAUGUAUAGAAAUACGGCAAAGCUUUUAAGAAACUUCGGCCGUAACUUCAGGGCGAAUAGAUCAUUCAGUAAUAAAGUUGAAGCAAGCGAAAAUGAGCCUAUCAAAUUUUCUACUAGCCAAGCUUCACGAAAGUCAGCCAGACCUUUAGUUAAAAGGGUAGAUAUAGACAUGCCGUGGUACCAGCCUUUUUCUGUAGUCGGUAGUGUUGCAGUAUUCUUAAUAUACUUCUGUGUGCUACGGGAAGAAAAUGAUUUAGAUCUUGAAUUUGAUAAAACACUUUAUGACAGAAUAAAGGGUCUAGAAAAAGAACAACUUUUGCAAUCAUAUAGAUUCAACAAGGAACAUGGCAAAAGUGUUGAUGAUAUAGAAAGGAGACUUAAAGAAUUAGAAGAAAAAGAAAACAAAGUUGCUGUGUAAGUGAAGUUGUAAUAUUAUUAAAAUUACAUAGAUGGUACUUGACUUGAUUAUUUAAAUGUAGUUAUCAUUUCAAUAAAUUAUUAUUUAACAUAGGUAGUUUUGUGUCUAAUUAAUUGUGUAGGGAAGCUCUAUACAUAGACCACUAGGUAAAUAAACAAUUCUGAAAUAUCA